UUGUUAACAUCGUGUCUACUUUGUUUAUUAAUCCCGAAAAAGAAUCACUCGUAGUUUUCAAGAGUACAUACGUGGAUGCCAUUGGAGAGAUUUUUAUUUUUGUUUGAUGAAUUUGGUCAACACAAACUUAGAGCUUUUGACAUCCAUCAGCAUCUCUUACCAAUAGCAUUAUCCUCAUGUCGUCUUCUAAAUUAACUUUACAAUAUUCGGAAUCUUUUUUACCUAUAUUUUUCAUAUCAUUGUUGAUAAAGUAUAAGUGGGAACUUGUCAUCUUGUGAUUGCAUAAUUGAGUACUGAAUCUUGUCUAUUUGCAGUAGCAAAAAGCCAAUUGAGGACCAUGUCCAAAAAACUGCACCAUUAAAAAACAUUUCCCAAGCACCAAUUUGCACAAAAUCACUACCAAAUUCUACUGUUAGAUUUAUUUUAGAAAGGAAAAAGAAUUCAUAAUGAAUUCAAAAAUAUUUGAAGAAAAGUACAGGGAUUAUGUAUUAGUUCCUUUAGGACUUAUAGUGCUUGGAAUAUACCAUUUAUGGCUUCUCUUCACCAUUAUUCGUCGUCCUACAACAACUGUUAUCGGCCUGAAUGCUGUUAGCCGCCACCAAUGGGUUCUCCAUAUGAUGAGGGAUCCAGCAAAAAAUGGUGUUCUGGCUGUACAAACAAUACGGAACAACUUAAUGGCGUCCACACUAUUGGCGACAAUAGCAAUAACUCUGAGUUCCCUGAUCAGUGCUAUUGUGAGCAGCUCAAGUAAUGAAAUCUAUACCAUACACACAACCAAAUACUUAUCAGUUCUGAUAUGCUUCCUUGUAGCAUUCUUCUGCAAUAUGCAGACUACCAGAUACUAUGCACAUAUCAGUUUCUUGCUUAAUGUACCGGAAUCAUCUGACGAGGGGAGAGAAGAGUUUAUUGAGUAUGUCUCACAACAGUUGAAUCGUGGAUGCCUGUUUUGGUCUUUGGGAUUGAGAGCAUUCUACUUCGCUUUCCCUCUUCUGCUGUGGAUCUUCGGCGCUAUUGCUAUGUUUACUUGUAGUUGUUCCAUGGCAAUUUUGCUAUAUUUCUUGGAUACUGCUAGCUCUUCCCCAAGUUAUCUUUAUAAUGGAAACGUGGUUAAGACUAAUCGGAGCCCUGAUAUUGAAUCAAGGGGAACUGAUUGGUCAGUCGAUACGAACCUCCAUUGCUCGCUACUAGGAAACACCAAGCCAGAUUCUACUACUGAUACUGUGUUCACUUCGGGGAGAUAAUGCAAUAAUGUAUAUUGAAUGCAAUCUCAUAGAAAAUUAUAAACAAUCUUCUGUGAGAGUUGCAAGGACCACAACAAGUAAUUGUAGCAUUAACAACUACUUUAACGAUUUUUCCUCCCGAAACGGCCACUUUUUUAUUUGCUCCAUAAACAUAAUCUACUCAAUUACGGAGUAGUAUUUCUUAAA